AAACUUCUUCGUGUGACUUCCGUUGCCGCUAAGUUCCGGCUGUUUAGCCGUUGUUUUGGAUGUGGAAACAAUAAAUAAACAUUUAAUAACAUCGCUAACUAUCUUAAUUGCGUGUUUUCAAAACAAGAAAAUGGCAAAAAUAUUUGGAAAUUUUAUUAUCCUGCUACUCCUUAUCAUACCGACAACUGUCAUAUUUGUUGAUCAAGGUAAUAAUUUGACGGCAUCAAUAGCUCACUUUAUGUUACUUAUAUACGUGGCAACUGCACUACACAUUUUACAGCUGUGCUCUUUGCUUGUAAAGAAUUACCAUUUCUAUUGUUUCAUAUAACUUUUAAAAUGUAUCAUUGAAAAUUCGGGUCGUAUAUUAUAUCUGAUCGAUUUUUUUUUAUUUUCGCAUGUAUUGUUUACCUAUACAUACUAACUCUAUACUCUAUACUUAUGUGUGGUCAGUGGUAUUGAUAACCAAUGUUUUUAUUUAGUUAAGUCAAGGCAGUAAUGAGUAAAACGGUAAUAAUAAUUAUUAUAAUAAUAUUAACUAAUGUUGAAAUGUGUUUAUAUAUUGUGUUACAUAACACCAUGUUUAUGCCUAACUAAUAGCAAUACUGUGGCAGUGGCUAUCCGGACCCUGACUGGCUACCAAAAGUAAAAGUGAGAGGUCAAUUGGGACCUUGGGAUUAAAAAAUGUUAAAAAUAUUAUUGUUGGGUUUGUAAGAUAAAAUGAGGCAUCGAAUGAAAGAUAAUUGAAUGGACUAUAUGUUUGUAAACUUAAUUAUUCAGUUUAACUAAAAUAAACCACCACAAAUGACAUCCGAAUAGCAUAGUUAAGUAGGCUAUGCCACUUCAUUUCAUACUUUAUGUCCAGAUAAGUUAUAAGAAAUAAGUUAAGUUUUUAACUGCCAAAGGCCUCCUAACUUAGUGGUGGGUAGGUUGCCUAAGUAAGCCUAUCAUUUAGCUAGUGAUUAACUAUGAAUAUUAAAUACUGAAUCAGUGCUCUGUGACAAUUGGAGCAGGGGGGUAAUGGCUUGACUGUCAUGUCCAUGUGUAAUUAAAUUGAAUUGUAAUCCUUUUUAAAAAAAACAAAAAAUCAUACGUAGCCGCCAUAUUUGUUGCCAAGACAGCACGCAAUCAAAAAAGUAGUAAACAACAAGGGGGAAAAAUAGAAAAUUCAAGAAAAUUAUCAGCUGCAGACGUAGCAACUUUAUUCUAUUUAUGUAUUAUAUGCGGCAAGAAGUUAUAACAAAUCACAACACUUGCAGAGAGAAUGUGCUGUUUUAGCUACUUACAGAGAAGGAAAGUAAAGAUAUUAGAAACAAGAUGUUAAAAUUUAAUGAAAAACCUUCAAUCUUAAAAUCUUCAUGCUAAGUCAGUAUCCCUAACUCAAGCCUAAACUUUCAACCUAAUUUCGUCCAGUCCCCAACUUAGGCGUAAAUUUAAUCCUAAAUUUCAAACCUUAAUUCUGUGGCAUAGUAUGAACUCUAAAGCCACAUUUGUGAGCAAAAGUUACACACUGUACUACUCUGAGAAGAUCGUAAAUUUGAAUAAAAAUAUUAAUAAAAUUUUCCAAAAUAUUAAAGACUCAACCUACGGUUUCAUCAAAUACGCUUUAUUAUAUUAUGUUCCACCAAAAAUAAAAUCCAAAAGUUGCCAGAAAAAUCAAUACGGCUUCCCAUUCUCUAAAAUGCCCGAAAUAAGUAACCAUCCAAUGAAAUAUUAAUUUAAAACAUUUCAUCAGCUUAUUACUAUUUCAAAAAAGGAAAAAACUCAAGGAAGAUUCCACAAAUAAACAAAAGGGAGAGAAUGCUACACAGAAAAUCAAAGUAGGGCGCAGAGUGUAAAUUUGAAAAUAAUGAAAACUCAACUUACAAUUUCAUCAAAUAGGCACACACUUUAUUAGGGUUUCCAUUGGGAAUAAACCCCAACCUUGUCAGUGAAGCCAAAAUCCAUUUAUCAAGAUGACCAGGCUUCUGGAACAAUCUCUCCUCUUAUUUUACUAUUUUUACUUCACUUUAAAAUAUUACUUAAAAAUUAAUGAUGUCAUCAAUGUGUGUACCUUUGUAAACACUCUAACAAAGAAACGCUUCUUGGCCCUCCUGCUCCAGUUCGACCUGCUCUUGUAUUGUGUUUCGUCCCUUCAUGGGCUCAGUCAGUAUCUUUAAGCCUACUGUGUAUUGGGUCAUAGAUAUUUUAUAAAUUAUUAGCUUGAGCAUAGCCUACUUCACUGCAGUGAUGUAAUAAAUAUAUGGCAAUCUUACCUAAAGCCUGGUUAUUAGAAAGAAAUGGGUUUGUCUCAUAGACCUUGGCAAAUAUAUCCUUUAGCUGCUUUAAAACAUGAUCAGAAUCUUUUUAUGAAUUACCGAGUAUGAAAGUUUUGUGCCUGGGGUGGGAUUAGCUGUAAAACUAGGGAUGUCUUUCAUGGUACAUGUAUUUAAAUUUAGGUCAUGGAGGUUUCCCCAGGUAUACUUCAGGCUAAACUAAAGUUCCUUAUACACAAAUAUUUGGAUUUUCAAUGAUUUUGAGUUCUGUACUUAUUUGAUACAAGUUUCUCUCUCCCAACAACACUUUUGUUUCCCUUGAAAGUGGAAGAGGGGGUUCCCCUCCCCAAAACAUAUCGACAUUUACAGAGAAAAUGCUAAGAUGUCUUAGCGAUAAGCCUGGCGAUGGCUUCCUCUGCAACCACUAUCCAUAGGCCAAGGAAGUUCCCUGAGUCAACUUCUGUGUUAAAAACAAAUGGAAAAUUUCAUAGUAAAAUCUAUCAUCAGAAUUAGAUGAUGACGCAAAUAGUGCCCAGCUAAGAGCUGGAAAAAAAGUCAACGAAAAAUAAGUGAAUGUAUGAUAAUAAUUUAAGAUUUCAAUUGCGUAUGUCAUUACUCAUACUAUAUGAGGUUGUUUUGCUUUUCUGAUAAAUAAUAAAUUCCCUAUGAUCUUUUUUUCUCAUUUAUUAUGGGGUCUGUGUCCAACAGUAUUGAAAGAAAAUGUGUCGAUUUUAUUUUAAAGAAAACCUACAUUUGUAUGUAUUUUAGAAAGAGGAGGCAAUCUUGCUUUCGCCCAAGAUGCUAUGGAAGGGGAAGAUGAUGAGGCUACAAUUGAGACAGAAACAGGGACAGAUGAUGAUGCUGUUGAUGAAGAGACUCCGUUAACUGAGACAGAAAAGGUACAGUAUAUUGAAAGGAUGUUAAAAGUUAUGAUUUUCUUUGUCUAACUGCAUAAGAUGUUCUUAACACAAUUGCAUAAUAUGUGCUCUUAAAAUUCUAAAAUGAUUGCCAUUAUUGACUUGGGGGUGUCAAUUAAUAAUCAACUGCCAGUCAAUGUUCCCUUUAAGCUGCGCUAUCUCACAGAUGCCGCGCAGCAGUUCUGAGUAUCCGCGCAGCACUUUUCCAAGUGUGUGUAUUUGUGGAUUGUAAAAUUUUGCACACAAAAAAAUUGAUGCUGUAAAACGAACCAACAAACCUUAGAGCGAACAUUGCUGCCAGUCUAACUAUAAAUUAUAAAUGAUUUUAUUCAAGUGGUACGUUGUUGAUUUUGAAAUGCCAUUACUGGAGAAUCACUUGUACACACUCUACGCCCAGUUAGAUUAAUCAUUUCAAUCUGUUCAGAGUUGUUCCCAGAAAGAUGCAGGAGCUUAUUAUCAUUCCAACUAGUGGCUUUCGCAACCCCUUUUUCUGUUAAGGGGUUAAAACCCAGAGCUUCUUGAAAGCUUGUGAGACCUAACUUUGGUACUCUGCGUGUCGUAGUGUUUAGGCUCUCUGGUUAUUAUUUAUGUUCAGGCUGAUAUCUGUCUCUUUUUACAUCAAAUAAUAUAAUUAUUCGGCCAAUGAUGUUUUCUUUUAAUUAACCUUGUUAUAUUUGUUGAUUGAAUAACAUAUUUUUAUUUUUGUAGGAAGAAGAAACCACUGAGGAAGAAAAUGUGUCCCUGAAGCCGUCCCCUGAUGCAGAUACAUUUAUUCUUUUUACUAAGCCUAACAAUCCUCUGGGUAAUUUUCUAUGUUUUUUUAAAAUUGUUUUAAUGCAGUGGUGGGCAAACUUUGUGCGGAGGGUCACAUUGACAAAUGUAAAGCUAUUUCGGCCGCUGCAUGUAUAUUAUGUCCAAUUUUUACAUAUCGAUUAACAUUUCUCUGUAGUAAAAUUGGUAAGUUUGCGUUUUAGUAUUACAUGACAAAAUUGAAGGAAUGUUUUUUAAAAAUUGAAAAUUAGAAAGAAAUUUGAUCAAAAGUGUUAAAACAAUCAUAAGGGUAAAACAAUCAUAAGGGUACAUGACAUUCUGUAAAAUUCAACAAAAUAACUUUUUAAAAAAUGUAAAUUAUUAAAUUUCUAAACGCCUUUGAGGGCCGCAUAAUAUCAGUUGCCGGGCCACAUGCGGGCCGUAGUUUGCCCACCUGUUUUAACUAUUAUACAUAUUUUAUAUUUCACCUGCUGUUUUUCCAACCAAGCUAGUUAUUCCCUUCAGGGCUCAUACUUUUUAUUUCAAAAUAUGUAAACUUUUGUAGUAAAGUUUCAAUAAUAAUAACAACUAUACCUUUAAUGUCAAAAAUUAUUAUUUUUAAGCAUGUGGGACAUUUUCAAGAAUUAGAGGUGUGUGGGUUGCAGGAGAGAGGUGUUUGGUGGUUAAAAUUCAUUUAUCAUGCAGAAUUUUUGAGUAAAAAUAUUGUCUUAUGAAAAGGCUAAAAACACACUAAUUAGAACUUGAUAGAUUUACAUGAUCCUUUUUAUGUUUCUUUAUCACCAGAACUUCCUGCUGGCAAACAAGUGAGGAUCCUGGUUGGAUUUACCAAUAAAGGCAGUUUGGACUUUAUAGUGGACAGCAUGGAAGCAUCUUUCAGAUACCCACAGGAUUAUAGCUUCUUUUUACAGAAUGUAAGCAAUAAAUCAAUCAAUUCUAUCUGUUCAAAGUUAUUCCCAGAAAGAUGCAGGAUUGUUAUAACCGUGCAUUAGGGCUGCUCACUGGCCAUUCAACUAUUCUUUAUUAAUUAUUGUUUUUUCAUAUAGAAAUGCUCAAAAUUGAAUUAAUUUAUAAGAUAAUUAAUCACCCUUAUAAAGCUACUAUUUAGAUAAAUGACGUCUGGCAGAUAUUUUAUCUUCCCCUCAUCACAAAUUCAUGGCACCUCCCCCAUUACAUGCAUGGCAUAUUUUAUAGAUGACCCUCUUAUAGGGAGUAAUAGUAACCCUUUAUUAAUGGGGAGGGGGACAACAGCUCUGAAGUCAAACAUUUGAACCUUGACUGGCCACCAUAAAAAAGCAGAUAGGUUACAUUGCAUCAAAAAGUAACUUGGUUAGAAAUAUGUCAUUGGGGAACAUAUAGCUGACGUAAUCUACUGUUUCAUGAGUGGACAUAUUCUUUUUUUUAAUUAUUUAUACUACUAGCAAUAAAAAGAUAAAAUAGUAAUUUCAACAAAUUUACAUUUAACAAUAGCAAGGUGCUAUAUAUUUUGCAUUUACAUGAUUGUAUAUGCAAUCUGCUUCUCCUUGCAAUAUAAAUUGAAAAGGUUGUUUGACCUGUGGAUGUUCAUAUGUUCACGGGAUAAAAUCUUUUGACAUGUUUGAUUUCUUGGUUUGACUUUUAACUUAAUUAAUAUACUCUAGGUAAUACUAAAUUAAUACUGUUUAAAUAAUUUUUUAGAUGUAAGCUAAAUGGGCAAUUACCCAUUAUCUAAUGUCACCUGAAUGUACAUUGUGAUUUUUGCAUUAACAGUUAAGUAUUAUUUAUCAACUAGAAAUAAACUGCCAAAUAAUGGCGGCAACAAUACGUGAUCUUCCCAUCUACUAAUGCGCGAGCAAUGCAUAAAUCAAUACGUUUUAGGCAAGGCAAGUCUGCAGUAAUUAACUGUAUCUUGAACCUUGUCUUUAUAAAAUUUAUUUUUAUUUUUUUCGUUUCUAAAAACGCUCUUGAUUUUGGGAAGUUGUUAUGCUAAUUAAUGUUAAAAUUCAUAUCUCUUUAAAGUUCACAACUAUGACAUUUAAUGCUUUGGUUGAACCAAAGAGGCAAGCUACUUUUGAAUAUGGUUUUGUACCCAAUGAGGCAUUCAGUGCUCGGCCCUUUGGACUUGCAGUAACACUAAACUAUAAAGAUCAGGUAAAUUUUAGCCAACUUGUAAGUUGUAUAUCUGUUUUAAAUAUUUUUCUAUUGUACAGUAGAGCAUCCAUUAUCCAAAUUAAUUGGGAUUAAUUUUUCUGUACCUAACUUUUUAAUAUCAGUAUGAAGGACAGAAUUUAGACAUAAUCUCUUAUUUUAAUAGUUAUACUAUAUGAUUUGUUUUCUAAUGUGCAAACUUUUUCAUAUGUCAAAUUUCAGUCAGGAAAUGUUUUCCAGUCUGCUGUUUUCAAUGAGACAAUUCAGGUGGUUGAUCCAGAUGAGGGUCUUGAUGGUGAAACGUAAGUUGUUUUACCUAAUAUAGAAGGUGGUCCAAUGGAUUAGGAAAAAUGUACACGUUGUAUGAUGUUAAAAUCAAACUAGAAAAUGAUUCAUCAUAGAAUAGCUCAAAGAGUGUUUAAAUAUGUACCUUUUUUCUUUCUCAAAGUACGUUGUACUUCCAAUCAAGGUUGAUCUGUGGAUUAUAACUAAAUUUUUUUCUAACCUUUUUUACAAACCAAAGUUAUUUUUAACUUGCAGCAAUAAUUUCGUGGAUAUAUUUUUUUAAAGCAGGGGUCUCAAACUCUCGGGCCAUUUGCGGACCGCAGGACAAUAUUUUGCGGCCCACUACAUGAAUGCAAAGUUUAGUGUUAAUGCGGCCCGCGUGUUUUCCCCAUUCUCAUAUCUAUAAUGUGACCCUCCGCAGCGGUUUUAGUCGAAUCUCACCAACUAGACUAAUUCUGAAUUUUAUCAAGUUUGUAUAUAUUUGUAUGAUGAUUAUAAUGGUAAGAACUCUUUUAAAAUCGGACUAAAAAAUUUUUAAUGUAUAGUAUUUUAUGAGAUAAACAUGGGCAAAGUGCGGAUUUGAGGAAAGAUUAAAAAGUCAGUUUGUGAGUAAUGCACAACCAUAAUUGUGUAAAUCAUAGCAACCUGAGUGACACAGUAUCAAAGAAUCCCUAUUAAAAUUGCUGCUAAUGUUUACAAGUGAGGAAAUUCUGAGCCCGUCAGCUUGGUCCCUUUAAAAAUAGGGUUAGUCAAAAAGGCCUUUUCUUCUAUAAAAAAAACAAAAUUGAUUCUUCCUAAAAUAGCAUCGUCCAUCACAUGAAUAAUUUAUAAAUAUUGCCUUCCCCCGACUACUAUUUGAACAACACAUUUUAGCUUUCAAAGCCUUCAUGGAGAAGGGUGGGGGGGUUGUUCCUGUACUAAGUGACCUCAAAUGGCUCAUGGACUUUGCUUUUCUUGUUGACAUUACCCAAAAGCUGAAUGUACUCAACAAGAAGUUACAAGACCAGGGGUAGCUUGUCAGUGUUGCCAAUGAAAAUGUCUGGGCAUUCUGCACAAAACUUAUCUUAUGAUUCUUAAAGAAACCUGCCAUUUCCUCAAUAUACAAAGUACUCAUGAACUCGGGCACACCCUUCAGUAGUGAGUAUACUGAUGCCAUUGCAAAGCUACAGGAAGAAUUUGAUCACGUUUUCAGACUUUAAAACAGACAGAGGACUUGUCAACUAUUUGCUGACCUUUUCUCCCUCAAUUUGGAAGAUGCGCGCGCGCGCACACGCCACCACCACUCGCGCUUCAAAAGGAGCUAAUUGAUCUUCAGUGCAAUUCUAAGUUCAGGGAGGUGAAUGAAAAAACAGGCAAGCAUGGACAAUUUAUGAGCGCCUUGCCCUCCACCUUCUCUGAGAUUUCCAGAUUAUUCAAGCGGAUCAUGUGCCUUUUUUUCAAGAGUACCUAUCUGUGAAAAGCUCUUUUCCUCUAUCAACUUAAACAAGUCUAAGUUCGGGGCCAAACUUACUGAUGAGCAUCUUCAAGCUAUACUUAGGGUCUCAGUUGCUUCCUCACUUAAGCCAAAUGUGGCUCAGCUGUGUAAGAAGAAGCACUGCCAGAUCUCUGGCAACAAUGAGUAGGAAGAAUAAAGUGAAGCUUAGUUCUUGAGAACCCUUAAAAUCUUUAUUUGUUAUUAAUAAAGGUUGAGCAGAUUGUAACAGUUGUACUUUAUUGAAUUUGUAAUCGCUUUUUUGUGGAAUACUUGAUGCUGCCCAGUCUCACUCAGACUCUACCUCCUGUGGCCCCUGGAUGAUUUGAGUUUGAGACCCCUGGUUUAAAGGUUGAUCUGUGGAUUAUAACUUGAUUUUUUUUCUAACCUUUUUACAAACCAAAGUUAUUUUUAACUUGCAGCUAUAAUUUCGUGGAUAUAUUUGUUUAAAAUAUUAAUUUUAAGUGUAAAUUUAUAUUUUUAAUUUUAAUAAAAUAGUCUGUGCAUCAUUUUGGUUAUGUUCAUGACGGGAUUUUCAUCCGCCAUUUUGACAAUCCUGUGAAAUGUCACGGAAGGCUGGUAGCUCUAAAUGACACAAAAGCUGCUCAACAUUUCUCUUCCAAUGAUGUUGAUUAUAUUUCAAGUCAAAAACUACCCAGAUAAAGACAAGAAGAAAAACAUGACUGCUGAUGAUUUUGUAUAUUUUUGCCUGAUCGAAAGUUCGCUUUCAGUGGUAAGAUUUUUUUUUCUUUGUUAUGGCGGGUCAAAUUUUAUGGAUUUUGUGGGGAAAAAUCUAAAUUUACAUUGAUAAACUGUAACAGUGGGCUUCUUAAAUAUUGAAAAUAAAUAUUUAAGCUUACUUAUUUCAAUUUCUUAUUCCAGUUUAUCAAGUGCAUAUUUUAUCUCUUUUUUUUUUUUUUUUCAUUGGCAUAUUUUUUUUAAAUUUUCUUUUUUUUCUUUGGUUACGUUAAGAAAAGGCAGUGAAUUUUCGGUCUUUAAAUUAUUUUGGAUUAAAAACUGCUUUUAUUUUUGAAUUUUUAUUUUUUUAAAUAUUAAAAAUAAAUAUUUUUGUUUUUUUUUUUUUUUUUUUUUUUCCAGUUUAUUAAGUGCUUUUUUUUUUUUUUUUUUUUUUUUUUUCAUAGGCAUAUUUGUUUCAAAUUUCCUUUGUUUGCAUUGGAUACGUUAAGAAAAGGCAGUGAAUUUUCGGUCUAUAAAUUAUUCUGGAUUAAAAACUGCUUUUAAUUUUGAAUUUUUAUUAUUUUAUGUUGAAUAAUGCAUUUUGUUUUGUAAAUAAUUUUUUUUAAUUACAAGAUCUAAGCCUAUAUGUAAUCCUUAUAUUAUCAUUUCACAGUAUCAGAGUGGUGACUAGGACAUUAGGGCAACCCAAUCAUCAUAACAAUGUUAUUCGUGGCAUGCGACCUGAGAUAUCAACUGAAACAAGACAAGAUAAGGAUUUCAUUCAAGGCUGGAGAUGCUUUGUAAAUGUACACAACAAUUGCAAUGUUAUGGCAACUAAGCCAACUUGAUUUUAAAACUGAACAUUCCAGUUGAUCAACAAAAUUUCUAACAUUCAUUGGAUUCAAAACAUACAAGCUCCACUUUUGUGAACUGUUACUGGAUUAAAAGGAAUUUAUUCACUGGAUUAGGUAAUUCACAAAUUGUUUUUAGGCCAAAAUACUGGCCUAUACUCCGUAAUUUUAUAAAAGUAUUACAAAAAGAGUUAACUGCUUAGCAGUUAAUUUCAUCUGCACCUGAUGAAAAGGACAUGCAUGCAAAGAUGGUCCUGGAACAACCAUAAUAAAUAAUCAAGAGAAGCAGGAGAGGAUAGGACACAUGCAUUUCAUAAAUGUAACAAAAUAUGGUAUGGAACAACAUAACUAAAUGAAUUAGUGGUUCUUGCAGAUUCCAAAAGUAUAAAUGGUUCUGUUGCUAUUGUAGGUAAAGCUAAAUGCAACUACUGUAGCUAAUUGAUUGGACUGUGAUAAAAUUAGUUGAUAAAAGAUAUCAGCUUUGGAAUAAAUUAAAAUAAUAUGGCUGUGGAGAACAAUAUGUUAAUGCCUAUAGUCAUAUUUGUUUUAAUCAGAAUAAAGUAAAAUGCAUGUCUUAAAUAAUUAAAAAGAUCUGAUAGCUUUAUUCUUUUUUUUUUUAGUUUCUCAGUAGUUUGACAGUGACAAACUUUGUUGACAAUGUUCAUGGUUUUUUUUUUUUUUUCAGCUAUUUGAAUGAUUAUUACUCACCUUGCUGUUAAAAUGUGCAUUGGUUACUUUAGUAAAAUGCAUGUCUUAAAUAAUUAAAAAGAUCUGAUAGCUUUAUUCUUUUUUUUUUUAGUUUCUCAGUAGUUUGACAGUGACAAACUUUGUUGACAAUGUUCAUGGUUUUUUUUUUUUUGCAGCUAUAUGAAUGAUUAUUACUCACCAUGCUGUUAAAAUGUGCAAUGGUUACUUACAGUUAAGAUGUAAUGUGAAAAUCUUUAUUUAGUUUAUAAAAUAGAGAGAAAAUUCAGGUCUUAAUGUGCUGCCUUUCUUAAAUAUAUGAGUUUUCUGGAAAACAGGAAUGGUCAUAUUUCAAAGUGAUAUUUGUUUAUUUGUACCCAAUGUGGUAAAUUUUUUUUUUAGUAUGUUAAAAUUAUUUAUUUCCACUUAUAUCAUUUGAUAAUAAAAUAGUAUUUCUGUCAUGAAAUACUUGCCUUGCUUUCUUUAUUUUUAACAGUGACAUAGUUAAUACAAAGAUUGGUAAAAAUUGCUUGAAAUUUUGAUGUGUUGUACAAAUGGAUACCAUUGAUGGAUGUAAUAAACAUUUUAAUUUAGUACUCGAUACUUAUUUUUUUGGCUUCUACCUGUUUGAGGUACUGGGUAUGUUUACAUUUUUUGUGAAAAUUUAGCACACCUCAAAACCUAAUCUUUUGGCCUUAAUUAACUGUGAUCUUAUAAUUUGUAUCAAUUAAUAGAUCAUUCAAUUCUGAAUCCAAUAAUAUAUAACAUGUUAUUAUCACUAUGUUCUUCAUUGAACAACCAGCCAGAUUGUAAAGGUAUCUAAUUAGGGAGAAAUUCCCGAAAACCAAAAUUAUUUGAGUAGAAUAAAUGUUAUGGAUUAGUUGUUCAUUUAAUAAUAUAAACUGGCUUGCAUUAUAAUUCUUAUUUAGUCCUGUAGAAGUAAGUUAUAGUUAAUGGACAGUAGCAUGUGAUUUAUAAUUAGUAAGGUGAUAUAUACAUUAUUUUUCAUUUCCAAGAUUGUAUAUAUGCAAUCUCCUUGUCCUUGCAAUAUAAAUUAAAAAGGUUGUUUGACCUGUGGAUGUUCAUGCAUCAUGACAUGGGAUAAGAUCUUUUGACAUGUUUGAUUAUUUUAUGCUGAAUUUGAUUUUUAAUAAUUUUUUUAUUUGUAAAAUUAUUUCCUUUUCCCCUCAGAUUUUUCUUAUAUGUGUUUUUGGCUGCCAUUGUCAUUUUAUUGCUUGUGGGGGCUCAACAACUUGUAGCCAACUUUGGUGUAAGUACUGCUGUUCUACAAGCUCCACCAUGGAGAAUCCUAAUCCAACAGUGUCUACGGGAUAUGCUCUAGUUCUAGGAUUACUUCUACCCUAUUUAUGAUUUCCUAUUUGUUUGUCUUGACUUUCAACUAAGUAUUAUUGGUAUAUAUUUUGUUUGCUUUUGUAUUUCAUGCAAGGAAACAGCAGGCAAAUAUCUUAUGUGUUAGCCUUCCUGAGGGCUUGCUACAUUAAAAUAAAGGCACUAGAGCAUGGUUUAGAUAUAUUUUAGACUGUGUGUAGUAUGCCUUGGACAGGCUGUAAACUGAUCUGCUGUAGUCUAUCUAGAAAUAAUAUAACUUUGAAAUAAGUAAUUAAACACAAGAGCAGAAUCUGUUAUGGAUAUGUACUAAGCUGAAUUUGAAAAUAAUAAAAUGCAAUUUUUUUUUUUUAAAUAUCUCUUCAACUUUACAUUGUUUGUGUAUUCUUUUUAUCCAGAGAAAACGUCUUUCCAAACCCCGCCAAACAGUAGAGUUGGGGACACAAAAUUCUGAUGUGGAUUAUGACUGGCUCCCAAAAGAAACACUCCAAGGACUAAGUAAGUUUUGCUACUUUUGGUUUUUAUUUCUUCAUACACCGGUACUUACAUCUUCUUAAUAUAAAGGGAUUAAUUGUUAAUAUAGAUAUUUGCAAAACUAUUAGUCUACUUGGUUGUCUGGAGAUCAAUUCCAGCAAAAAAACAGCACCCCUGGUAGAUGGGACUCAUUAAACUUGGAAGGCAUCUCAUCUAAGAGAAGGAAACUCUGAAAUCAAAACCUGGAGAUAAAGUCCCGAAAGGCGGAUAACAUUGAUACAAUGAAACAUUCCGACAACUCCUGCGACGUCACUGGUGCCAAGCUGUAUCAUCUAAUGAUGUUCCCUUGGGUUAUCCAGCGGCGUGGAGAGAGGCGAUUUGCUGUUGGGAACCAGCUUAUAAUCCUCGAAGAAUAAUCCCAGGCCAUGUGGAUUUCAUCCUCUGAAGCCCACUCCAUCAUCACAUUGUGACUGAGGGAUGCCAGGGGGAAAAAAAAUUUUUUUAGUCUACUUGGAUAUUAAUUUGUAAUAAUAUUUAAUUAUGCUUAUCAUAUUUGGUCCCUUGUUUCCCCAUUUUAAAAAAUGACCUCAGCGACAUGAUCAAAGCAGGGAGCUUUAAAUGGUAGCUCAAGUUAAUAUUUGUAUACAGGUAUAUUAAUUUGUAGCUCCCCUUUUCUGGGCUGUUUCUGAUCUUUGAAUUUUAAUCAUAAAUAGAUUAUUGAAUAAUUGAAACUCAUUUUCGUAUGCAUUUAAUUUUUUUCCUUGUGGAAUCGAUACAGUGAAUGAUUAUUAUCCUGCAUUCUUGAUUGAAUAAGUGCUAAACUAUAUGUAAAAUACUUAUUUUCACCAAUGUUUGAAAAUUUGAGAUUAAAUGGGUUGAAGUUGAAGUGAGUUGUUAGUUUCAUUAGAAAUAUUAGAAUGAAUUAAAACAAUUUCUAUAAAUCCAUGAGAGAUUAUAAUUUCAUUCUUAAUCUUCAGACAAGUCACCAAGGAGAUCCCCAAAGCAAUCACCGAGGCAGAGGCGCAACCUGAGAUCUACAGGUUCGGGGGAAGAGUAGAUAACAAUUUUAAAUUAGGAUAUUUUGUGUCAUUUUUUUGUCAAGCAUACUUCAUUGUCAAAAGAAAAAUCAUGUUUAACAAAAUAAAAAUUGUUUUUUUUUCCAAUUCAUGUUGCAUUAGUUGAUCAUUUAAUAGUGGUUAGCCAUGUUCACAAGAGUGGGAGCAAAUGCCAUUUUAUGAGUUGACCAAGAAAUGCUCAAGGGGCAGGGUUUCGGUUUUCAAAACCUGUCGUGGCUCCUUUCACAGAGUACAAUAUUUCUUUUUCACAGAAGUGAUUGUUCUUAUAUUUCGAGUGUGCAUGUUCUAUUCCACUUUUGAGGAGUGGUUUUGCUGACACUUGUAUGUUUUCAUGUUUAAUGGUGGUUGGGAACAAGUUUUUUUAAAUUUGUGUUAACUAAGACAUGAAAUUGUUAAUACAUCAUACCAUUUACAAAAGUAAAGCUGCCUAUCUUAAAAAAUUACAAAAAAUGGGAUGAACAAAGUUCUAAUUUACCAUGCAAAUAAUUAAGUUUUUUACACUGGCUGGCCAAAUGAAGUUUAUGUUGAAAAUAAGUUACUGAUAACUGGUUUUUUUUAUUGUUCAUUCCAAUCUGUUCUGAAGAAUGAAAGUUAUUUUGUGAAAAGUGGUAACAAAAUCUAAAUAAAAAUUAAUUUUUAACUUUUUCUUUAUUUUUUUUUAAAUUUUGUUGGUGUAUUUUGUUGUCUAGGGAAUUAGGUUGCUUGAUAUAUGGUACUGCCAUACAGAUCUACCUCUGCUAUCACUGCCAAUAAGCUCCAAUUUAAGUAUUGGCACCAAUCUACUUUUUUUUAAAUUUGUCCUGAUAAAGUUUUAGUCCUUGAAAUAACUUAUUAAUCUUUACUGUAAAAAACAAACAAAAAUUAUUUUAACAUAGAAUGUUUCUGUAUUAUAAUGUUUCCUUAACUUGGUUGUGUCUUUAGUUCAAAGUUAUUUCCAUAUUUGAGUGGUAGCAAGUGUUCAAAUACCUUUUGUACACAACUAGUUUGUAAUUACUGGAGUCCUUAAACUAAGUGUAGUAAUUCUAGUCAUACUCAUUUUUGGCCAGUUGAAUGCAAAGCCAAGAUCAAAUGUAAAAAUAUCAUUGAUAUAUAAGUUUAUUUACCAGCAUGUAUUAAUUUAUAUCUGAAA